UGAGGCUGGAAGGUCUGAGCCGUGAUGCUGAAGUAGAUGGAAGAUUUAAAUUUUGAGUCCGGACCUCCUGUCACUUCCCUCCGCUCUGAGGACAAACUGGCACAGAGAGGAAAGAAGAGGCAGAGGAGACGCGCGUAAUUCUCUGUGCGUCCUCGUCGCGCCAUGCCUCUCCUCUCUCUCCUCCUCCUCCUCCUCCUCUGACCGUCACUCUCCUUCUUGGAUGAACUUUCUCGCCGCCUGCGGGGACGCGGUCGCUCGCUCCGAGAUCAUGAAGACGACGCGGAAAUGCCGCGCGCUGCUGUCGGUGGGUCUGAACCUGGUGGCCCUGUUCUUCUCCACCACCGCCUUCAUCACCACAUACUGGUGCGAGGGCACCCAGCGCGUCCCCAAGCCCAACUGCAGCAAGCAGCGGCACCACAACUGCAUCGACUACGGCGUGAACGAGACGGAUCAGAACAAAGUGCACUACAGCUGGGAGACCGGGGACGACCGCUUCCUCUUCCGCCGCUUCCACACCGGCAUCUGGUACUCCUGCGAGGAGAACAUCCACGAGGCAGGUGAGAAGUGUCGGAGCUUCAUUGAUUUGGCCCCGGCGUCGGAGAGAGGCGUGCUGUGGUUGUCCGUGGUGUCCGAGGUACUCUACAUCCUGCUGCUGGUGGUCGGCUUCAGCCUCAUGUGUCUCGAGCUUUUCCACUCCAGCAACGUCAUUGACGGACUCAAACUCAACGCCUUCGCUGCUGUCUUCACCGUGCUGUCCGGUCUUCUGGGUAUGGUGGCCCACAUGAUGUACACCCAGGUGUUCCAGAUCACAGUCAGUCUGGGUCCCGAAGACUGGAGGCCUCACAGCUGGGACUACGGAUGGUCCUUCUGCAUGGCGUGGGGUUCCUUCACCUGCUGCAUGGCUGCCUCCGUCACCACCCUCAACUCCUACACCAAGACGGUGAUCGAGUUCAGACACAAGCGGAAGCUCUUUGAGCAGGGCCUCCGCGAGGAGCAGAACUACCUGGACCAGGAGGCUUUCCACUACUUCCGGGAUCGCUCCCUCCAGUCCAUCUCCAGCACCGUGGAGGUCUAUCCCAGCCACAGCAGCACCAGAGCUGGGCUUGUUGUCGGGGGGCCCGGCCCGGGUCCUGGGCCGGGUCCAGGUCCUGGACCAGGACGCGGGAAGAUGAGAGCAGCAUCAGCCUCAAUAGACUUGGGGGAGAACACGGACUCGCUGGGAGAGGAGCAGUGCUGAGUCACACAUUGGAAUGAGUGGGGUUGUGUGGACUGGGGGGCGUGGCCACAUGAUGAGAUGAUGAGGCGAACUGCACCUUCACGUGUGGACCCGGCCACUAGUUUUUCCACAGUAACUGAAAGUGAAGGCAGAACUUAUUUUCUGUUUGAAGAAAACAAAAGACUUACAAAGUAUACGCGGAUUACACAAAGAAUAAAAAAGUUCGCUCUGUGUGUGAAGUGAAAAUUAGUGUAAAGUGUGAGAAACAGACUGUGGGUGGAAAGUAGGUGUUCUCCUGCUUAUUUUGAGGUGCUGUGUGUAGUAUUUUCACAUCAAUACAUCGUCACAGUUUUGAAAAAUGAAAAAUUGUGAGAUACAAAAAUGGGUCGUUCUUCAUCAAAAGCUUAUGCUGAACAGCGCCCCCUGUAGUCAGAAGUGGAAAUUACAGAAUGACAGUAAAUUACAGUGGCCCUCAAGUGCAAAACACCUUAAAUAUUUCAGAAAAUAUUUUCAUUGAGGUUUCUUGUUUUUAUUUAUGUCAAAUCGCAGCAAACAUUUUGAUGCUGAGUAACUGUCGCGGGUAUCACAUCAUCGGCAGCUCUUGAAUGUCACCCGGCCGUGCUUCUUGGACUUUCUAGCAAGAAGUUUGUGUACAACAGCUGUUUUAUAUUAUCCCUGUAAUCCCUGCUAGGGAGGAUUUUUAGAGACCUAAUUAAAUAAUUAACCUGUAGACAAACAACCCCUUUGCUUUGGAGGAUAAAGUGUCCUUCCUGAGAUGGUAAAGCAUGACCUGAGGUUUGGAGACGAGGGCGAGGAAGCUACCUGAGAUCGAGUAAAAGAAGAGGAACCUGUCAAGAUUGAACGGAUUGGUUCUUGAACCACUCGAUUUCCAGAACAAAACUCACUGUCUUCAGCUAUUGAAGCAAUGGUCAAGAACGCCUCCAGCUUCCAGUCACCUGCAGUUGGCAUGGAAUACACCGACCAGUCUGGAAACUGUGAAAAGAGUGAUGCAAACCAGAAAUGGAGAACUUCAAGAAAAAGCUGUGCCUCAGUGCUGCAGCCAACACGCUUCAAAAAGGCCUUCCAAAUUUUGACUUUGAAGGCAAACCUUCUCCAUUUACGGUUUGCAUUGCACUUUUACUGCUCUCACUUGGCAACCAUACUUGGUGAUUGUCUGCAGACAAGUCGUCAUCUUCCACGCAAACUACAACCUGCUAGCAACCAAAGCAAUCGCAAGGAGGUUCUUGGUGCAGCAUGCUCUUUGCAGCUGAUUUCUCUCAGCCACAGUCAGGAACCUCUCGCCAACCACAAUACACAUUUUUCCCUUGUGAUUGGUGGUUGCAUCGCAUCAAAUAUGGCCGACAAUUCUCAUCCAGCAGAUAGGGAGUUUACAUCAUAAUCAACCCUUUUUAAUCCAAGAUUAGAUGUAAGAAAUACGAUCACCUGACAGUUACUGAACAUAAAAAUGUUGCUAUGAAAUUUAGAAAUCAACAUUUCUUGUUGUUGUCAUUUCCUGUUUCCUUACUAUUUUUAGCAGUGUAGUUAUGGGAAUUUUAAAGAGUUUGAAAGAGAAGAAACAUGGGGGAAUAUUUUCAUCAAGGGACAACAGGUUACUUUGAGCCCUGAAAGCAACCAUGGAACCACAAAAAAGCAAAGUAUAAACAGAACAAAGAUUAAGAUAAGGUAAGGUUUAUUUGUCACAUGCACAGUUAUACAAGUACAAUGCACAGUGAAGUGUAUUUUGUACCUGCAGCCAAUAAUAAGUAGUAAAAAUAUAUAAAUAAGAAGAAUUGAACCAAGAAUUAUUCUUGGUUUGUUCAACAGUAACAAUAAUUUAACCACAGUUCACAGCACAGUCAUGAAGUCCUAAUUCUGAAUGUCCUUUGGUGAAAUAUUCCCAUGUCCUGUUCCAAGAAACUUCCCUAUCUUUUCCAUAAAGUUAAAGGUUGUUUGUGUGUGUGUGUGUGUUUGUGUUUUGCACCUCAGGGCCACCGUAGCAGAACAGCAAUAUCUAACUUUAGCUUACAUUAGCCACAUCUGCUACUUGUCACACCAGACCGAGUUAAGGUGUACUUGCGCGCUCGAGCACGUUUGUCCCCCUGAGUCCAGUUUGUUGGAGUGUGAUCGCUGUGUAGUAAGGAUGGUCAUGAUUUUUAAAUAUUCAAAUAGUCAUUAAAAUAUUUAAAAAUUCAAACACUUUGUGACUUUCUUGUCUUAACAUUGUUUUUACGAGGU